GAACGACGUGCGAUUUGAUACACACAGUUCGGGGUUCGGUACAGCGCGAAACCGUCGCCUGCCUUCAGUUAAACGUAGCGGUUCGAUCCUACUGAACGGGUGUUUUUAUCUGCUGCUGGUCCGGUGGAAGCCGACGACUGCCCCCGGGUACAUCACUAUUCACACUGACAUACACACACACACACACACAAACCCGUUACCACAAACAUUUCGCUACAGGGAAACAAAGAAAAACACAACAACGUUCACCAACAAUAAAACAGUCGCACGGCACAGUAACAUACAUCGCAAAGAGUCACGACACGUGCAUAUACGCGCAAAGCACGACACAAUCGGCACGUGCAUAUUAUACGGUGGUGGUGUGUGUUUAUUUUUUUUUCGAAACGUAUGAGAAGAAAAUAACCUCCAGGAGAAUUCAAUUCGAUACGCGCAUCACAAUCAACCACAACCACAGUGAGGGCGCAGAUAGAAACAGGCUCUGGGAUGCAUACCAGACCGCAUCCGUAGGAAAAGCUGCCCUAAGCUGAGUGAGCGUACCGUUACCAACUGUGUGUGCCUGUGCUCUGUGUACGUGUUUUAGGGUGUGAUUUUUUUUUGUUGUACUCCAAAGAAAGAAGUUUGCCAUAAUUGGCAUUGUUUUGCUAUAACCGGCAUUUAAUAAGCGCGGACUUACGCCGGUAGUGAUUUAAAUACCAAGACACACACACGUGCUCGUCUAGAACACAAGCUAAUACAAAUUACACAAACAUAAAAGACACACACACAUACGUACAUAUACAGAAAAAAGUAAAGUUGAGGGUUUUGUCACUCACUGAAGUGUGUGCGUUCUAGUCGGUAGUGUAACUAAAUAAAAAAAAAGACUAGCAGUGGCGCAUCUACCAAAAAAAUGUUUUGUGCGAAUAUAAAAGUUCUAACAAAGCUUUCAAUUAUCUCUUACCGUGUAUUGUGUUGUACAUUUAUUCCCAUUAAACCUGUUGGUGUGGUGACAGAUUUUCCCUCACUAAUCGUUAUUACUAACGAUAACACUUCAGCAUAACGCUAAAGCGUUAUUUGGUAUGCAGUUUGCCUAACUUUCAGGGGGCAUCAAUUGAUUAUGAUUGAACCGAUGCGAUGGAACACGUGCAGUAUGUAUCCAUGAAUGUGUACAUGCGCACGCAUAUAUGUGUGUAUGUGUAUUUGGGUGUAUAAUAAGCCAAAUACAAAUUUCACCUUUACUUUUUGCAUAUUAUUUAUUUCCCCCCCCCCCGUGUAAGAUCAAGAAUGAAUUGCAUUUAGAAGUCUGAUAAAAAAAAAUAAUCAACGCAUUCACACCAUUUACUCAUACACAUCCAUACAUCCCGGGUAGACGGAAUUGUUCCAAAUUUACUAAGCGCCAAGAAAAAAGGGAUACAAAAAAGGUUCAGUUACCGGUCGGCACGCGCCAAUCCCAUUGGGAGGAGGGGGGGAUCAGCGUUAGGUUCCGGCAAAAGGCUUUUUUUUCUCUUGCGUUUGCUGCGGGUUGCUGCGGCACACUGCACCGAAAGCGUGACCGUGACUUGGUCCGUGUUGGACCCCUCAUGUUGGUGAAGUAGUAAGGCGAACGGACACCGCAACAAUCAGCACGAAAACGGAAAGCGCGAACAACGCAUCAGACUCGACGGCCCACGCUUUACAGACAGAAAAAAACACACAAAGUCGGAUUCGCCGCAACAAUCAACCCGGAAGAUUGCCAAAAGUGCUGCAAAGUGGGUGUAGAGGAGCGCGUGUGUGCAAGUUGUGCCUAUGUGUCUUUAUUGCCUUGCUUUGGUUUGUUUCUGGUGCACCGAUGUGGUACGUGAUUGCAGGGCCGUAUGCGCCUUUGCGUUUAGUGCAAUCCAUCCAUCCAGCGACGACAACAGAAGAUGCUGAACUGAUGAUUUAACUCCGGUGCCAGCUCUGUGCUAAGCCGCUAGCACCGUUGCGGUGUUGUGUGUUUGUAUAGUGAGGCCGUGUAAAAGUAGGGGUUAUGCUGGAUUUCUCGGGAUGUUCGUUGACCCCAAUCCAAAUCACUGUUCUGCCAAACAAUUCUUCCCAUUUCCAUACCAAUACAGACAAAACACACUCAGCACACUAAUCCACUUCACUUACCGACUUACACCACUCCCACUGAGAACACUUUCGAUGAAAGUUGUCGUAGAUCAUGGUUUUGAAGAUUCCAUUUUGUUGCUUACGUUCGCUUGCUGAUCGGUGGUUUUGAUUUGGCGUGUUUAUUUUGUUUGUUUCACCCACAGAGAGACGAUCGUACGUCGCGGCCCAAAAGUAAACUAGUACUAAGACACCAUUUUUUGCGCGUCUCCUUUCUUUAUCCUGCACGCGUGUGGUUCUAUUCGGCAUCAGAACGGUGUCUUACGGUGGUUUGAAACAAAAAAACAUACAGCAAUAAAAUCUCCAUCCCGUGUGACAAGGGUAGCAACCUGGCUAACCCAUAGUGAUGCGGUGUUAACGGCUGCAGGCUCGUCGUGCCGAUUAUGAAAAGUAUGUUUUGUGUGUGCGACCGUUACGAAGUGUACGAUAUGAUUUAAUGAACAUCGCGUACUUGAUCGCGUACUGUUUGUUCUGUGCGCGUGAACCGGUGCGCCGAACCGUUUUCCCUCUCAAUUCGUUAACGAAUUCUACGGGUGUUCGGGGUUUUUCUUUACCUGGCCAGGCAGAGUGUGUUUGCGCGUCGAGUGUGUUUUGCACCAAGUGUACUUAGUUAUUAAAACCGACAAAAACCCCGUGUACGUCGUUCGGCGAAAAAAGAAACAAACAGCGGAAAAAGCAGGGAUUGUUUUUUCCUGUUUUUCUUUCUUUGCAACAACAAAAAAAUAACAAACCUUUUGCUGAGAUUGUUCUACAAGUUUUGUUUGUUUUUUUGUUUUUCUUCUUCUUCUUCUUCUUCUUUUGUCGUUUCCUGCGUCAGACGCGCAAGUGUACGCGUAACGUUUAAAGCGGUUUAACGCGGCAACGGAAUAAUGGCAGCUGCAUCGCGAGUGCGUACUCGCGUCGGUACUAGUUCGCCCGCCGGUACCAUGGUCCGCGUCGGAUGCUGGGCCACAAAUGAAGUAAAGUGAAUCAAUUCUCUCAGUCCAAUAGCAGUAAUAUCAAAACAAACAAACAAAACCAAAAAAAAGCUCCCCGUUUAAAUACCCCACACAUUAAAAGCUCUUCGCGGAAGGGCACAUUAAAAAUAACUAAAAAAAAAAACAAAGCAAGCAAACAAAAAAAAACUAAUAAAAUCCAAACGAUAUACGAGAGGAAACUAUCCUUCUGCUUCAUCCAGAGACCGCAAAACACUUCACAUGUUGUUCUGUUGUUGUUUUUUUGUUGGAAAUUUGCCUACCUAACACUCAACUACAAGUAGUAAAGCAACAAAGGAAGUAAAAACAAAACCAGUUACCGGUUUGCUAAUAAAAAACCCAUACGGGAGGGGGACAGUAAAGGCAAAACAAAGGCAUCCAUUGCCCUAGAAGAAGUAGCAGAAAGUAUAAAAUAACACAACCAACAUUACCAACUACACACGGCAAACAAAAUAACAGAACAAACAUAUACUGCAUAUGAACGCAGGAAGGAAGAAACAGAACAUGAUAGAACAGCAGCAGUAAAAACAUUUUCCACCAUCACUACUACAACUACUACCACCACCACCACCACCACCUUCAUCACAAACCACCUAGAAGCAGCAGCAGAAGCCGGUGCAGAACAGAACAGUCGUCAGGAACAAGCUAACGCCAUCGUCAAUGCACUAACACCACACGGAUUCUUGCCCUACAUACAUGCAAAGAUUUCACCGCAUGACAAACGCACACCACUAUCGGUGCAACGUCACUGUCCACUGCGCUGUAGUGCACGGCCUAGGGUCGCUUGUCAGGCGCGCGUCAACAUCCACACCAUUCCUCACAUGCCACACAGCUACUGACCGAAAUAAAGGCCCUGUUUGAAGUUUGAAGCUUGGGGGGCCUGCCAUGGUAGCAGCAAAAUAUACACGAAAACAGAAGAGAAACAUCCCUGAGUGGUAAACCGCUGGCUACUAAAGACGCCAAAAACCCUUUAGAGACGGUGGUACAGCUGUCUUAGACAAUGGUCGCGUAUCUUACAUGUAGCACUAAUCACGAAAAUGCUCCCAGGCACAGUGGCUAGCAACUGGCUACUGGGUGCCAGCUAUUGAGAGGACCGCAACCGUACGAAGAAUAGAUAAAAAAAAACCUAUCGAGCUUCGAGUUACAGCUUAGUUACAGCCGAGCGCAACAAUGUCACGGACAAAUGUUUGAUGACGGAUGUGUGGUUUUUGUUUUCUCGUUUCGUACGUCUGAAACGGUUUUUUGCUGCUGGAUGCAUCGUAUACAGCAAAAAAAAGGAACGAAACUGAACAGAGUUCAGACUAAGCCACUUUUUGUUUUGUUUUGAGACAAACACUUGAAAGUGACAGCACGGCACACUAGCGACAUAAGUAGUUUGACAGGUACUUAAGGCAAGGCAGGCCAACCUGUCAACCAGCUACCCUGUUUUGUACGUCACAUACCGCGUACGGCCUACGACGGCCUACGACACGUGUGUGAGUGUGUUCGUAUGUGUAUGUGUGUGUGUGCGUGCGCGAGCGACAAAAGGAAGUCUUCUGCGCGGAACGGAAUUCUGGAUGAAAUGUAAAAAACAAACACGCAACUGCUAAAAUCAACGCCUAAAACGAAACGCUUAACACAUAAUCUUAAAGAAGUCUGGAAACUUAAAAACCAAGGGCUAUAAAACCAGCGUACUAACAUCCCAGCAUAACACCAAAUCUCAAAACAAAGCCACAACGCGAUAAAAAUACUCCCCAAAAAAAAAACGGCCGGAACCCCCUUGUUCUAAAAGCGGAUUAAGCGGAACCUUAACACCCGUUGGAUCGGAUUGUGAAGCGCGCAAAGCAACACAUUUAAACAAAAUCAAGUAAUAAUCUAGUUAACUAACGCACGUUCAUUUUUCCUUACAUUUUAAAAAAAAUACCCCUCAAAAGACCUUAACGAAACACGCAACCUGGAACUAAACCGGGUGUAAUAAUGUUCUUGUAGGCAUUGUAUUUGUUUUCUCUUUCUUCUAAAUACCACGUACGUUGUGCAGUAAAAGACACACUUACACCCACACGCACAUACAUACAUACACACACACACGAACCCUUAAAUCUGUCACUAUCCAAAUAAAGCUAUAACCCGCCUAGACGGGUUCUUACUUUCUAUCUCUCUAUAUCUCGCCCUCUCUAUCUGUCCACUCAAUCAAAUCAACCAAAUCAACCUUCGCGCACCUACUGCAACAACUAACGUCACGUCACUGUCUCUCAAUCUGUAUGUGUGUUAUAUGUCUGAUUUUUUUCUAUCUCUCUCUCUCUCUCCAUUUUGUUUUUGGUGAUUCACAUGUAAACUCCACUUGCACGAACUAUUGUUGGCAAACAAUAACUUUAAAAACCAAACCAAACCAAACAAAAACAAACAAUUCAAAUGCCCGCCUGUUUCGCCAUAAUCGUUAAAACUUCCUAAAUCAACUUUUAACAACAAACCAACAACCAAAACGAACCAAAAUAACAAAAAAAAACUACAAUAUCAACCAAACAUUCUUCGCAUCUAACUUAACUAUAAACGUCAACACCAACUCUCUUUCCCUCACCCCCCCCUCCUCUUCCCCACGAUCUAUCCACCCUUUACCCCUGCAUCCCUUUCUGCAGCCGCCUAAAGGCAGAACGAGCCGAGUCCGGCGGAACGGCUCACCAUCUCCACUACCAGCCCGCGACCGGUUAGCGGUGUGUGUGUGUGCGCGUUACGCCUCUACCACCAUCACGACGAGGACGAGGGCCAUCGUCACCAUCGGCAAUAUCACCACGCUAAGCGUGACGAUAGCGAGCGUGCAGUAUGGAUGUGAUACAUAUGACGGUGCUGAUACUGUUGCUGGUGGCAAUCUCGUUCGCACUGGCGGCAACAGUAACCACACCGGCCACCGACAAUGUGCCACCGAUGACGCGCGCUUACCGAACCGCCAUCUUUACGCAAGAUCGCACCACCACGAUCGGUGGCGGCGUAAUGUUCGAGACAGUGCGCACAUUCUGCUCGCGUGUGACGGCCGCCACGACGGUCGGGCUAGUGACGCUAACGGUUGCGUUACUAUCCACCGGGGGCGCUAGUGCGCUGCGGGCCAAACUGACAUCGUUCACAGCUGUCACUGCGCUGGCAGCGACCGGUGCCGUGUCGGUACUCGGCAAAGGUGCAACCACCGGCCGGACCAGCAAAACCAUCGUCAACUGCAGUGGAACAAAUACUGCCACCGCCGUAGUGCUGCUGUCAGUGCGGCAACUAUUACCACUUAUACUAGGAAUUGCCGCCAUGUUGCCUGUGAUUGACGCCGGAUACCACGAGAAACGGUUGCUGCACCAUCUGCUGGACAACUAUAACGUGCUCGAGCGGCCCGUCGUCAACGAGUCGGAUCCGCUGCAGCUCAGCUUCGGUUUGACUUUGAUGCAAAUCAUCGACGUGGACGAGAAAAAUCAACUCCUCAUCACAAACAUUUGGCUCAAGUUGGAGUGGAACGAUAUGAACGUCAGAUGGAACUCGUCCGAGUAUGGUGGGGUGCGCGAUUUACGGAUACCACCACAUCGCCUCUGGAAGCCGGACGUCCUGAUGUACAACAGUGCGGACGAAGGUUUCGAUGGGACGUACCCGACGAACGUGGUCGUACGGAACAACGGUUCCUGUCUGUAUGUACCGCCGGGAAUUUUCAAAUCUACCUGCAAAAUCGACAUCACCUGGUUCCCGUUCGAUGAUCAGCGGUGCGAAAUGAAAUUCGGCUCGUGGACGUACGAUGGAUUUCAGCUUGAUCUACAGCUGCAAGAUGAAUCGGGUGGAGAUAUUAGCAGCUUCAUCACAAACGGUGAAUGGGAGCUACUCGGAGUGCCUGGGAAGCGGAACGAAAUCUACUACAACUGCUGCCCGGAACCGUACAUCGACAUCACCUUCGCGAUACUGAUCCGCCGCAAAACGCUCUACUACUUCUUCAACCUGAUCGUACCGUGCGUGCUGAUCGCUUCGAUGGCACUGUUGGGUUUCACGCUACCGCCCGAUUCGGGCGAAAAGCUUUCGCUCGGUGUCACGAUUCUGCUAUCACUCACAGUCUUCCUAAACAUGGUCGCCGAGACGAUGCCGGCUACAUCAGACGCAGUGCCUCUCCUAGGAACCUACUUCAAUUGCAUCAUGUUCAUGGUUGCCUCAUCGGUUGUGUCCACGAUCCUGAUCCUGAACUAUCACCACCGCAACUCCGACACGCACGAAAUGUCCGAAUGGAUUCGCGUUGUGUUCCUGAUCUGGUUACCGUUCAUCCUGCGCAUGAGUCGACCGGGUGAACCAUACCCACAUCCGUGCCGCCCAACGGUGGACGAAAAGAACAAGCAACUGCAGGAGGUGGAGAUGCGCGAGCGGUCCUCCAAGUCACUGCUAGCCAACGUACUGGACAUCGACGACGACUUCCGGUGCAAUCACCGGUGCAACACGCUGCCACAUAAUCCCACCUACUACCGAACCGUCUACCGUCAGGGUGAGGAUGGUAGUGUGGGACCGAUUGGUGCUACCGAUACGAUCGGCCGUUCCGCCGGUCUCGGUACGAUCAGUGCCGGUGGUGGCCGCCUACACGAAACCGUUUCCUCGCACACCUGUCUCAGCUCAUCCGCCGAGUACGAGCUAGCGCUGAUACUGAAGGAGCUGCGCUACAUCACCGAUCAGCAGCUCCGCAAGGAGGACGAGAGUGGCGAGAUCACGCGCGAAUGGAAGUUCGCCGCAAUGGUAGUCGAUCGUCUGUGCCUUAUCAUAUUUACCUUGUUUACGAUCAUCGCCACGCUGGCUGUCCUGUUCUCUGCGCCGCACUUUAUCGUUUCAUAACAACCAUCAGCACGGCGGCAGACCGGCACCAACGGUCACCACGAUCGUACUACUUCUACUAUCCUUCCUACACGCUUUACCAACACCGCAAGCGACGAACCCGGCACGCACAACCCGGUACAGGGCAACGAUGAGAAUGAUGACGACGGCAACGAUAGGCACGGCGACGGUCGCAAUGGUUUCGCGUACGAGCUGCAACGUUGCUGCCCGCUACCGCUACCACUGCUGCUCGUACUGCUCAGCGGUGUGCUGGUGGCGUGCUGGUGGUUGGUGCGCAAACGGCACUCGCUCGCAUACGGACUCGCACAGCUGGUUACCGUUGCUGACUAUCGUCUGCGACGCUAUGUGUACAUUUUCGUGAAGAAUUUUAAGCUAAUCAACGACACAUAGAGCAGGCAAUAACGGUAACGCAAACGCUAGUGCCGAAUACGGGGGCAAGGCGAAUUGAUGUACGAGAUGUGUCAACGGCAGCAUCCAUGGGAUGGUGUCAAUGCAGAAAAAAAAACGGACGGUACUACUCUGCGUACGAAGCGGAGUUCUUUUUUAUAUCACAACUCAAACCAUUUUCACUAUUAAAAAAAAGAAAAAACAACACACACAGACACAAAACAAUUAAAAUAGAGAGCAAAAAAAUACGAAACUUUCAGGCAGCAACACUAUAAACGGGACAGAGAAAUGCUUGAGUGACAGCACACAUCGCAACAACAACAAAAAAAAAUAUGCAAAACAAUGGAAUGAACGCGUAAUGGUACGUGUGUAGCUAUGAGAUGAUCCAGCAUGAGAAUGGAGAAUGAAGAGUAAAGGGCAGGGGGGACGGGUUAGUUUCACCAAACUUCCCCAACCUGGCUAGUGAUGGCAAGAAUGGGCUUCUACUGGCCGGUAACACAACGCCUCAAUACCCUCAAACGAAAAAAAAACAAACAAACCACGCGUAACCGAGCGAAAGAAGAGAAAAGGCACGGGAAGGGAACGGAAUACUACCAAAAGUACCAUAACUACCGUCAAGAAAUUCUACUAGUGCUACUAAUACUACUGUUCAUACAAACUACUAUUGCUACAACUCCUACUACUACUACUACUACUACUAUUACUACUAAACGUCAACUACUAAUAAUACUAUGAAAAGUGCGAAACAGAAACAGGAAAAAGAAGACGAAGAAUAAGAAAAGGAAGAAGAAGAAGAAGAAAAAGAGUAAGAAAACACACUCACACAAACACGAGCAACUAACUAAUGCUUCUACUAAUUGCAACUACUAUGAUUAACAUUUCUACCAAUAAAAUGGCGCCACCUAUUCCUUAGGCUGUGCUAUUUGAUCCUAGGUGAGAAGAGCUCGCACACCAAAAAAAAGCUGCAGACAACAACAUCAAAACGAAACAGUAAGAAACUAGCGAGAUGGCAAGCUAGUUCGAGAUUGUGUUUCCCGCCCCUUCCCGUGGGCGGAAAUACCCCCUUCAUGAGUGUGUUUUUUCUGUCAUUUGUUUAAUUUACACAGUCUUACCAAGAUCAUCCAGCAGAUUCGAGUUAUGGGAGCUUUGUUACCGACGGUUAAAUAUCUUCACUUCGUAAUUGAAGCGGACUUAACCGUUUUGCUUCCUAUCAGUUAAUAAACUCUGCUUGCUCGUAGUAGACAUUCGGUGACAGGAUUUUACGUAGUAUACGUUUGCAUCAUUUAGCAACAACAACAAAAUAAGAAGGUUUUAACUUACUUGUUCUCGUUUGGUGCAUGGUUUUGCACCGUUUCGCUGUUAAAGCGCAUUCAUAUCGUAACUUUUUCCACCUGUUUGCUUUCGAGAAACAUAUACGGCAGUACAAUCAUACCGAACCGUUUCAGCAGACCGCUGUGGGCGAAGCUGUCAAUCUAGUUAGUGCAAGUGAUCAAUGCAUACCAGGAGAUAAAGUUCAUGGCCGUAAGUCGUGAGCUUCGGUUGAUGCGUGGCAAAAUACUGAAAACAUAAUAACCCAAAAACCCAGUCCACAUGCGGGCUGGCAAACUGUGAUGCUAGCGAAAAGAAAUACACACAAAAAUACCCAACCCCGAUGCAUGAGAUGAGAUAACAACGGCCGUUUCUUUUAAUGGGGAGAGUGUGGGGGGAGGGAGGGUAGUGAAUGACAGGAACUCGCACACGAACUACCUUAAACGUAGAGCAAAGUUUCUUCCCGUAACACAACAUUAGCAAGUCCCGAGUCCCCGCCCCCCGUUAUCGUGAGGUUGUUCCACUAGCUUACUUACUAACCGCUAUCGGUGCUGGAGAAACGUCAAACCGAGCUGACAGCUCGUUGGUAAAUAGUAAUUGAACUGAGUAGCAAGCGAGUGAGUGCGAUGGAUAACAGUACACUUUCUCAGCAAGCAGCGUGACAAGCAAGACAAAUCAAGCAUAUGCGAAGCAUGUGCGAACAAGCUAAGAAUGAAAAUGCAAAUGGUAAUUGAUUGACUGGUUAAGCCAAUUGCUAAGCAUCUUCUUCGUUAAAGUGACGAAGAGAGUGGAGAGUGAGCAAAAGGAGCGUUAAAAAGAGGGAAAAAGUGAUGAAGAGCAAUAGAGAAAACGAGAGACAGCUCACACCGCGUUAAAACACAGCCGCGAAAAACAGACACUACACACCACAACAAUAUUUGACAGUUUUACAGUGCCUAGAACUACGAAAUGCUUUCAAUUGAAUACAUUCUUCUGCCAAACAAAACGUUCUUGCAUGUGGGUUUUUUACUAUCGGUUCAUGCGUUUUUCUGUUAGCUGUUUUAGGCGUUAGGCGUUAGUUGAUGGAGGGAAGAAGCAAAAUAAUAAGAAAACAAAAUAUAAUACAAAUAGCAAAAUAGUGAGAUAAAUAACACGUCACGAGUUGGCGGGCUGGUGGAUUUGCCCGGCCUUGUAUCAGAGCCCCGCAGCCACAGAGCGUUUAGUAAGCAGGCAACAAACGUUAGUAGCUCUGUUUCGAUAACCGUAGCCUGGUCGCGACAUGUGUGUUGCGUCAACAUUGUCCCGCGUUCGCACGUUUUACGUAGUUGUUACUAAGCUAAAGUUUUUUUUUGUUAAUAUGUCGCUCAGUAUAUAGUCAAUAUUUGAAGCACUUUUUCGCGCCUGUUGUGUGUGGUAGCGGAACUGUCACGCUGAGAAAAUGUUGAAGAGAGAUAGAAAGAGGGAGACAAGGAGAGAAGGAGAGAGAGAGAGAGAAAACGAGAUAAAGGCAAAGUAAACAGUGACAGGUGUGGAUGUGACGUAAAGCAGGACGUAAAGCUUGCGUGACGUAAAGCAGGGCGAGUAUGGACAGAUGAAAAAGAAAAAAUGCUGUGAUAACCACUAACAAAACAAAAAAAGUAAUAAAAAUAAAACUUAAAUAAAAACAUGCAACAAAUUACAGAGGGAUUCAUUGACAGUAGGACAUCAGUUACAUUAACAACAAUCGAAACAAAGAAAUUAAACACAAUAACCGAAACAAUUGCAACACAAUACACAAUACAAUAUGCAUCUAAAAAAACAAGAUGGCUAUUUCGAAUAAAUUUGCAAAACACGCGAAACGCUUGAUCGCAAAAGAAGUUGAAAAAUAAUAAUAAAACGUUACAAAAUAGCAAAAACGCAGUGCAGCAAAAUAAAUACAGACAGACAGCAAUUACUGCAAGGUGCCGCCAAAAUUUAAAAAAAAAUAUAUUGCAAACCCCACCCACCCCUUUCCCACCCUUCCUAUUUCCUCUUUCAUCCCGUUUUUAAAACAUGGAUAUCUGAAUCCUUAAUCUCACGUUCCAACCGAAAUAUUGUGAAACGUUAACACUGUACACUAACGUUGAAAUGUUGCAUAAAGCCCGCAUCUUCUAUCUAACCCGGUAUCUUUGUGUAAGGAAAGGGGGUUUGAAAGAAAAAUAUUAAAAACACCCCAAAAAGCAUACAAGUUAACCGAUAUCCGACUAUUCUCAUUUUAAGUAACCUUAAGAUGCAAACGUUGGAGAUUCCGACCAUAAGAUGCAAAAGUAAGAAUUCCCUGCUCCGCCUACUUUCACAAAAUGCCAUCAAAAGCAUCCAAAAACAUUAAACAAAACGACAAUGGCACCAGUCUUCAUGUGGAUUGUGGCUAGCUUUAACAUUCUUGUAAACGCACCAUUCAUUUGGAAAGUGUGAAAAAAAUGACAUGAAGUUUAAGGAAAGAAAUACAAAUUAAAACAUGUAAAACAAAACACAACACAAACUCUAAUCAGGCGUAAAACAUUAUAAAAAAGCGAAUGCUCAGAUACAGAGAGAAAGAGAGAGAGAAAGAGAAAGAGAGAGAGAAAGAGAAAAGAAAAAGAGAAUGAGAGCGAUAAAAACAACAAAAAACACUAUAAUCUGCAAAGUAAGCAUAUUUAUACAACAUAUAAACGUUACACAGUACGUAAAAAACAACAUAAUGGAACUUGAAAACCAUAUUAAACACAUACUUACCAAAAACAAACAAAACAACAAACAAAAUACUCAAUUAAACAAAUAAAAAAGCAAACAAAAAAAACACAACUAAAAUGAAGAGUAAACAAUCAAACAAGGAGAAAACAAAAGCAAACAAAAAAAUAUGUUAAUAACAUUCUACUUGAAUCGAAACGAUUUGUAAUACGGAAAUUUAGCGGAAAAUAUCAAAAUGCUCUAGUACUUGUUGCGCACAUGUUUCCUUAUGCUCAUGUCCCCCCGACCCCCACUCCCCCUCCCCCUAUUCCUCCUUCGACCCUACUCCUUUUGUUUUCUCCAUUUUCUUCCAUACGACAAAACAAAAACAAUCUCCUCUUGCCUUAAACCCUCAUCCUUCUCUCCCCACUUCUCCAACCGCGACCCAUUACCUCCUCUGCCGGAGCUUCAAUCAAAGGUAACAAUAAUAACAACAAAUACACACACACGCAUACACACAUCUAAUACUAGAGAGAAAAAAGCUAAACAAAGCAUUAAAAUAACAUUCACACGCGUAAAAAAAACGCGAUAUGAAAGUUUAAAAUCCUGGCGGGAACUGUUGUUACAUUUUUAUACAUUUAAAAGAAAAACCAAAAUCAAAUCGAAAACAAACGACUAAAAUUACAAAAAAGUUAUUAAAGGAAGCAGAACAAAACAAAGAACUAAAACAAAAGAGGGGCAACAUAAAAUAGAAACCUAACGUUCCCUCUUUUUAGGCCGCCAUGUUUCUAACGGUGGGGUUUAAAACGGUUGAGUGAGUGCGUAUGAGUGAGUGACCACGUAUCGAAAACAGCUGGUCCGGUAACUAGUGAAGCACAAGUUAUCUAGGCAGUUAUGUUAUAAGGGCAAAAAAACAGCUGCAAACAGCAAAGUAUGCAUAACACAAAACAGAAAACAAAAACACCUAAUAAGCAAGAACAAAAAAAAAACUGUUAAAUCAAAAGUUUAGCAAAGUAAGCGCAUAAUGUGGUAUUACCGUUUAAUUAGCAAGACCGUGCAGAACCGGAACUAAAGUUAAGCUAAAGCUCAACAGUAAAACUAAAACACAAAAGGUAAACAAGAACAUAUUUGUAAUCCCACUGGGGCCACAGAUGGAGUAAAUAAUGGCAGCAAACACUAAAGCACCCGCCGCCAACGGUCGGGUUCACAAAACUUCAAACAAGACAAAAGCAAACCCGACCGUUGCUAGGUUUUACGGGCGCAAAGAAGUGAAGAAGGGGUAAUGGGAGGUGUGCGAUAGAGCGUAAGCAGUCAUAGUUAAUCGUUACUUAUCGGAGAGAGAACGGAUAUAAUUCCCAUGUAAAAUCAACCAAACGUCAACAAGACAGCGAGCGAAUGAACGUUAAUAGUAGCAUCUGUCAACUAACGCGUGAACGCGUUAGUAGUAGCUGGCUCACUUCUUACCAACACUUGCAAAACACAUGUUUCCCCGAUCCCACUAUGAAACCGGUGGCUCACCGUUACGAGUGAGAUAGUAAUAGCACUAAUGGAGCGCCUAGGCGACACGAUUGUGACGAGUAGUGAUAGAAGAGUACAAUACUAAGUAGGCAGCUGUCCAGGUGACAGGUCGGUUUCGGACCUGAACGUCAGAAUCGGUACCGACAAGCGUUAGAGCGAAAACGAGUGUAAACAAUCAUGGCGUAACUAAAAAGACUCCACUCUCUCUCACCUUUUCAUGCGUUCGUCGUUCAAUCGCACCGAACUUUAUCUUAUCACUUCGCGCACACACACAAACACACCGACAUAAUUCCAUUGAAAGCUCACAUUGAAAGCAGGUGCUAAAGUUGUAGCUAGGUUUCGCUACUUUCGCGACUGUUGAUACACGUAACAUACUAAGAAAUACUUAUGUGUGGAUGAGCUAGUGUGAUGUGUCAGAUCAUCUAUACUCUACUCAACGCACAACGGCAUGCGUUCCGUUCCGCAACCAAAUAUGCAAAAACACCUUCCUUAACUCGAUAAUCACAGUACCCUCUUUCCGGUAUAUCACAGCUUUAUAUGCAAAAAAGCAAGAAAUAAGAAGAAACACACACACACACAAACACACACUCUAUCUGACAUGCGCAGCAUACGGUCACGGCACUCUUGUUAUACAAUUAUACAACCUUACUAAGAAGACAUACCACUAACUGUCAUGGCUGCACGUAUCGAAAGGUGAGAGGAUGCUAUCGAUUGAAUAAAACCCGGUCUUCCAACGAUAAGCGAACGUGAAAGUGAAUUAAAAAAACGGACGGAAAAAGCGAUAUCAAACUAUUUAAAACAAAACAAACAACAACUAACAAAACAAAACGUAUUAACCACUCAGUACACAAUACUUAACAUACACAGCCGAGCAAUACCCUCGCUGCUGGAUAAAUCGAACAAAUGUAAAAGCAAACAGAGCGCCAAACUAAGAACACCCAAAAUACGAAGAAGAAGAAAACAAAACGCCAUGCCAAACAAGCAGAGCCAAACGUUCCCUGCAAGGGGGCAGAUAAAACGAACAAUAAAACGAAGCGCCAAGUUAUUUAGAUUUACAAAUAAGCGGCUACUAUUUCUUCCCCCCCAUGUCUUAGAGUAUCGGUGGAGGAACAUGAGGAAUCACGUGAAUAACGAUAAACAAGGAAACGAACUAUACGUCACGUUAAUAGUUAAAUAAUAUCAAUCCAACACUGAAGAAGUUCACUCGUCAAAUCGUCACAUCUUUGUUGUUUUGAUACCCUUUUUCAACAAAAAAAAAUGAAAACGUUUUUCGUCCCAUUUUCCUAUCGUUCCCAAAAGGAAAAAAAACAGGCCGGAAAUUAUGGAAGAAUGCGCACGAGUGAAAGUAAUUUUGCGUUGUGACUCGGAUCCUAAUAUGGUCUAGUUCGGUUUUAGCACAUCAAUCAGCUAACUCACCAAAAAACACGCACCAACCGCAACACGUUUCUAUGUGCAACUAUUCCUCCCAACUACACAUACCAUCACAAACACAUACAAACACACCACUUACACAGCUAUUUUAAUUAAUAAAAAAAGUAUAUACUAAAAAAAAUAUACAAUAUAAAUAUAAAUAAAGAAAAUGAUCGAAAGUAAAGCAUAAAUGUCUAAAUCCGAUAAAUUAAACACAUUAACGCGAAUUUCGAAUACUCCCGGUGGCGUCACCGUUGAGCUAUACGUUGAAGUGCGCGCCUAGGUGUUAGUGAGUCGAGACUCGAUGAGAGAUACAAAUUGAGAUAGCACCAGAUUUAUUACUAACAUAUUAACGCGUAGUGCAAUUACUUAAACUCCAUUUGUAAUCCUACAAACCCUCCCGUUUUCCUUCACUCCACUUUUUCUAUCAAUUUCAUUGUGAGAACAUUGUACACUCACACAUAUCGGAUACUUAGGUUUUGUUUUCAUUGUUUUGUUUUUUUUUUAUUAUUAAAAUGAACCGAGAAACUUUAUGUCAAGUAAUGAACUCCUCGGUAUGUGCAAUACUAAGUAGGGUUUGUUAUGGUUUUUUGACAGUUAAAAAUUCCGUAGAGCGCGAGCAUGAAAAGGAGGGAUCUUUCUACAAUCUAGAAUCGGAUACUUUCGGAACGAAACGAUUGUAACUCUCACUCACUGUUUAGCAAAAAAAUGCAACUUCUUUUAAACAUGUAACCAUGUCGUAAGCGUUAAAGGUGUGUUGAAUACAUAAAGAGUACUAGCAAUAAUAGUUCCCAAAUUCUGAAACUGAAUUUAAUAUACUUUUUGAACGAAGCAAGAAAGCAAAACUGAAAGUUUUAUACUCAUACAAGAAACGUGUUACAUCUGUGUGGUUUUGUUUGCAGCCUGCGUGGGAAAGAAUAUAAACGCACGAUCCCGGGCACUGUUACACUCAUUAGUUGUUAGUCAAAUCGAUAGUCAAUUCGUUUCUUUAACUAUUACUAAAUAACCAAACGCAAACCAAGGCCAAGAAACUGUACGUGACGGUACGAACUGCUCGCGGGUGCGAUGACGUUACCUUAAUGUGUCAACUAGUUAAACGAUUCGUCACGAGUGGUUGAUUUCAAACACUGUUUAGGUGAGAACCACGAAUUGAAGAAGAAAAAAAAGUAUACCCACUCAGAAUACAAAACACACGGUCAACUGUUUAACCAAUGUUCUGCCAGUUAAAGCUAAUGAUACUGUGCCAAGUUUAUGCAACUGCAAUCAUUACACACAACACAGCAAAAACGUUACUUAUCUACAACAUCAACACUUUUUAAUUCGAAUCUUAACGGAUCACCGUGCUCUGUUGAAGUUAAUUGGCGAAUGUGCCUACAAGCAUGCAGAAAACAUAAGUAACGAGUGUAACUGAACACCACCUCACCGAUAGACCUAUCACGAGAACAAUUGAAAUGGGUCUUCUAAUUUACUAGAGUGGCCCUUUAAUAGUGAUUACAUACUUUCAGGCGUUUUGCAACAUAACUGUCAUCAAAGGAUGCAUUCAUGAGAAGCAAUGCAAAUUGCUAACUUAAUUAAAGUUUUUUUAAAGUUUAAAAAUUAUUGUAACAUAGGUUACAAUAGUUAUUAGCAAAUAUCGUUGAAAAAAAGACUUCAUAAUUGUUUCCCUGGUUAAAAACUGUUCAAAGGAAACUAGCGCACUCCUAAUAUGCUAGUUAGUUAUAAUACGUUUAUUUUAAAGCCCAAAUAAAGGCACAGUUCGCCUAAAAGUAUGCAAUGCGCAGUUAAAAACAGAAUAUAGUAGUAGAAGUUAUUUUCGUUAGUCAAAAGUAUUCUUCUAAGUUCCAUUUUUCCCUUUGAUUUGCAAAACUUCAUCGUUUAAAAUAGUAAAAUUAAAUUAAACUGUACCAUUUCCAUACUACCGAAAGGGCAGUGACGGAUGGAAAGACGGAUGAAUUUAGCUGAAAAAAAAUCUUGCCAUAACGGUAAUCCUUUCGCAGGGCGUGUAAAACAUACUCCGUAAGGUUGGCCACCGUGCUCUAAAAGUAUGGCUCUAAAAAGGCGUUAAACUUAAAUUAUUAAAAAAAAAAACAACAAACAUAAAACACGCACACAAACAUUAACAAGCUACAGAAUCAAACACUACUAAACUCUAACCUUAAACCAGUUGAUAAAUCAGUUUCAAUUAUGUAGUUAAACUUCUGACAAAGUUAGUGAAUUGUUCGUGCAUUUAAAAAUCAAUGCAUAAUAUAAAGAAAGACAGAGAGAGAGAAAGAGAGAGAGCGAGAGAGAGAGAAAGAGAGAGAGAGAGAGAGAGAGAAAUUGUGAAAAAUUGGCUCACCUCCAGGCGGUAACGUAACACACCGAAUGUUUCGAAUGUUUGCAUACUAAUACUUCUUAUCUUAAGGUCGAAACGGUAGAGAAGAUUAGAAAGGCGGUUAGAAACCGUGAGAUAGUAGAACGUCAGGCGUCAAGGUGACUAAUGCGGAUUAUUGUAAAACAACAAAAAAAAAACUUCCAGCCAGUCCAGCCCGGCAACGUUUCACUGUGACACUCCUGUUGUGAGCGAGCAAAAGCACACUAGCACACCUCCCUGUACGGGUGCCUUGCGCUUACUAAUAACUACAAUCCGGUGCGCAGCAGGCAAUGAUGGCGACUGUGGCAAAUGGGAGGAUGGCGCAUGUAAAAGUGACAGCAAUGGGGCGUUUAAAACUUAAAGCAAAAUUUAAGUCUAACACUAAUAGUCCGACGCUAAACUUAAUGGAUGAGAAAGCCAAAACAAAUACAUACACAUUUUAUAAAAGAGACAUUAAAACAAAAUAAAAAAAAAACACAGAAAACAAGUAGCUGUUAAACUAAACGAAAACACCUUCGGUGUAGCGAAAAGGUGCACCCGCAGCUCGCCCGCAGUAUGGCGAAAUAUCUUUCUAUGCUCCCGGUAUAAAACGAAACGUGAACGUACGUGGUAGGGGUAAGGAGGACGGAAGUUAAAUGGGGCUGCUGUGCAACUUUUCAUAGAUUGCAUAGUGAGAGAGCAUAAAUCAAUCAUUGCAUUUUUUGAAAACGUUCAAUAAUGGUUGUAAGCGAGAUUUGUUAGCAAAAAAAAAGAAAAAAGGCACACAUACACACAUACAGACAUGCACACAUACAUAAAAAAAACAACAAAAAUAAACACUCACGGCGCGACAAGUGAUGCGAAGAGCGUGAAGGUUAAGGAAAGGAAGAGCGUGAAAAAAAACAACAACAAAAAAUUAAACAAUGAAUACAAGUAAACCAAACUAUUAAAAUUGACUUUUUUCCAAAACCAAAAAUCAAAAUCAAAGCACAGCACUAAACGAACGUAUGAAAACGCAACGCGCAAAAGAAGGAAUAAAGAAGAUAAACUACUAAACAAGCACAGCAAACAAUACACAGCAAAAAAAACACAAGACAAAACAAUUUACACAUUCAAACACAACACAUACACACAAGCCGGAUAAAGUAAAUUCAAAGUAAAUGAAUAAACUAAUAAACCAAAACAAAGCAAAAGAAAACCAAAACGGAACAACACAACGGUUGAAUUAUGUUCGAAAUAAAUUAUUCAAAUAAUUUCCAAACAA